UUUUACGAAAUUGGAAAGCAGUUUUCGCGAUAACUCCUUAGACUCAACAUCGAAAUGCGUUCCCUGAUUCUUGUCGCUCUUUUGGCCUUCUUGGCUGUUGGCUUUGUGGCUGCCCGUCCAGCUGAGGAUGAGGAGUCCUCCGUUGCCGUGGCUGAGAAUGCCGAUGAGGAUUCGACUAGCAAUGAUGCGGAGAGCACCGGAGCCACUGAUGCGGAGGAAUCCUCGGAUGAUGAAGAAACAACUGAAGAGUCUGGCGAUUCCGAUGACGAAUCCAGCGAUGAUGCCGAUGAGGAUGAGGCAACCACUGCUGCUCCGGUCAAGAAGCACAUCCGUCCCUUCUGGCCCAGGUUCGGAGGUCAUGGUCCAGUUGUGAUCAGGCAUCACACUGGUUAUGUUGUCUAAAUAAAAAAUAUUAUCUUUAACAAAAA